AUGGGCAUCGUCUGUAGACAGCUGCUGAGGAGUACCCGACCGCCGGCGGGCAGCGAGGCUGAGCUGGAGGAGCUGGCGACGCGUGCAGGACAGCCGGGGGCGGCGAGGGCGGUGGAGGCGGAGGUGCGGCGGCUGCAGCGCGCCAGGAUGGUCCUACACCGCUGCUCCCGCCUUUGCAGUCUCCACUUCGGACCCGCACUGUUGCUGUCCGUCUUGGCAGAUUUCAUCCUUAUGACUACCACUGCCUAUUGGUUAAUACUCUUGGCACAAGAAAGAGACAAGAGUACGGAAAUACUCGUGAAUCUAUUUGAACUUACUAACACAUUGUGUCGCCAGCUGGCGGUGUGCUGGGUGUGUUCCUCUGCGGCUGACCACGCCGACAGAGCUGGUCUGUUGCUGUCGAGGCUGCAGCCGCUCCUUCGCCCUGGCCCAGCAGUCGAUGUUCUGCAACUGCCAGUGGAGAGACUACGAGUUUCUGCCAUGGGGUUCUGUGACAUCAAUCUUCGUGUCUUCACAGCCACUAUUAGUGCUGCUGUCACUUAUCUCGUGAUACUUGUACAAUUUCAUAAGUGA